GCACGGUCGCAGCCGCGGGCACUUCAGUUCCCAGGAAGACCCGGGCCCUCGGGCGGAAAUCGGCGGAGACUGAAGGCCGUCCGAGGCCUGAGUGGGCGUCGCGGAGGUUUGCACUGCCGGACUCGCCGUCGGCGCGGUCGCCUCUGUCCACCUCCUCCGCAUCCUGCUGGGGGCCGCCAUGAAGGACUCGCUGGUGCUGCUAGGCCGCGUCCCGGCGCACCCGGACUCCCGGUGCUGGUUCUUGGCCUGGAACCCCACGGGAACCCUGCUGGCGUCGUGCGGUGGUGACCGUAGAGUCCGCAUCUGGGGCACCGAAGGUGACAGCUGGAUCUGCAAAUCUGUCCUUUCCGAAGGCCACCAGCGUACCGUGCGGAAGGUGGCCUGGUCCCCGUGUGGCAAUUACCUGGCCUCUGCCAGUUUCGAUGCUACCACUUGCAUUUGGAAAAAGAACCAGGAUGACUUUGAGUGUGUAACUACUCUAGAGGGCCAUGAAAAUGAGGUCAAGUCAGUGGCCUGGGCCCCUUCUGGCAACCUUCUUGCCACCUGCAGCCGAGAUAAGAGUGUGUGGGUCUGGGAAGUUGAUGAAGAAGAUGAGUAUGAAUGUGUCAGCGUCCUCAACUCUCACACACAGGAUGUCAAGCAUGUGGUUUGGCACCCAAGCCAGGAGCUGUUAGCCUCUGCCAGCUAUGAUGAUACAGUAAAGCUCUACCGGGAGGAAGAGGAUGAUUGGGUAUGUUGUGCCACCCUUGAAGGCCAUGAAUCCACUGUGUGGAGCUUGGCCUUUGACCCCAGUGGCCAGCGCUUGGCAUCUUGCAGUGAUGACCGUACUGUGCGUAUCUGGCGCCAGUAUCUACCAGACAACGAGCAAGGGGUGGCAUGCAGCGGCUCUGACCCAAGCUGGAAAUGUAUCUGCACUUUGUCGGGCUUCCACUCCAGGACCAUUUACGACGUUGCUUGGUGUCAGCUGACAGGGGCCCUGGCUACAGCUUGUGGGGAUGAUGCCAUCCGUGUGUUUGAGGAGGAUCCCAGCUCAGAUCCACAGCAGCCCACCUUCUCCCUGACAGCCCACUUGCCUCAGGCCCAUUCCCAGGAUGUCAACUGUGUGGCCUGGAACCCCAAGGAGCAGGGGCUCCUGGCCUCCUGCAGUGAUGACGGGGAGGUGGCCUUCUGGAAGUAUCAGCGACCAGAAGGCAUCUGAGCCACUUGACUUUGGACAGAAUUAUGAUUCCCCAGAAAAUGUCAUAAGACUUUCCCAGCCCCAAGAGGACCUGGAGGAGCAUCCAUGACCUUUGUUUAACCUGGCUCUCUUCCAUUCAGACUUGGGUAGAAGUGCAGAGCCACAGAACCACUCACUCUUCCCCUCCUUUGACAUGGGGCCCAUGGUAAAGAGCUAUGGAACAUCAGUGUGUUGUGGUUACACCACAGAUUUUGCUUUCUUGAGAGCAGUGUUAAAUUUUGCAGGGGUGGUGGUGAAUAUAGUAUUUAUAGUCACCAUAUCUUUAUGUACAGGGGAUGAUACAUCUUAAGCUUUUCAGAAAUUGGAAGCUUUAUAGAAAUAGGUCAUCUGAGUCCCAAAUCCUAUUUUAUAAAGAUAUUCCCAACUUAAAAGAAUUCCAUGGUGAGUCCUUUUCUGAAAUAGGUCCUGCCUUCCUGAUUUCUGGGUAAAUCCUUAUAUUUAAGACAUUCAGUCAGUAUUGAAGGAAAUUUUUUUAAUGUAGGCUGGUUUAGAAUGUUUCUCCUUUCCCUUAGGAACUCUCAUGUAUCUUCUAUGCCAUUAUGCUGUAGUGGCAAUUGGAAAUGCUGAAAGAUAAAUGGGAAGGAUAGGAACCCUAAGAGGGAGUUACUAUUGGCUAUAGGCCAUACAUUCUCAGUGGGGCUGAAAAUUGGUUCUCAGGUCGGGGAGCAAAAAAAAUCUUAGAGACCAUAAUUUGUGGCUCUCUAAUGGACCACCAAUAUUAACAUCCGUGGUCUGGGCGAAUAGAAAAAAGAUGUCUAGUGAGACUCAUUAGGGGCAUGAUAAUUUAAAAGGUAGAGAAUCACUCCUUAAAUCAGUUUUUCAGUCUCUCAAGUUGUCUUCUGAAAGUCCCUUCCAAAUGGGUUUUGACUUGAAGACUAUCCCCAGAGCUACAGUCGUCACCUGAUUUUAUAUACCACAGAAAUCAUGACCUUAGGUUUUGAAAAGACUGCUGAAGCCAUGUCCAGUGCAGUGGCUCUCAGAGUGCAGUCUUGAGAGCCUGUCAGGGGACCUGAGCAGUCAGCUGUGGCAGGAAUCAAAACAGUGACACCCCAUACUAGUGCUCAUAGUCUUCGCUGCUUGGCCCUCACAGUAAAAACAGUGGCAGCUUUGGUUAGGGUUGUCCUGCAUAGAACAAUUAAAAAUUGUGUUAAAUCUUGACCCCUGAGAACACAGCUCACCUGCCGACAGUUGGAAGCAGGAUAAGGCCCUCUGCCAUACACUGAAUUAAGGCUGUCUUGACGAAAAGCAGAUGUGUAGUAGAACUGCAUGCUGAACUGUCUUCAUGGCCCCUUUUUUAUGUGAAAAAACUGGCAAAUUCUGUUACUUAGGCUUGGCUAAUUGGCAGAUGGUUUUUUCAGGAAUAGAUGGAGUGAGCCUUUUGCUUCAAGGGAAACUGGUGGUGUUACCAAUGAAAAAAUGCCCUCAAGCAAAAAUUAGAAUUUUUGAAACUUGUAUUGCCACCAUGAGCUUGACAUCUUCCUAACACUUAGACUCUUCUGAUGAGAUUGGUGGUAUUAACAGAUGUGAUCUGUAUGAUGUAUUAUUUAGAAGAUCUGCCUAAAUAAGUGAACCAAUAUUUGGAAAAUGACUAAUGCAUAUUACAAGAUCAUUCAUGGUGAAGAGAUUCAGUCAAAAGUGUAAGACCAAAUAAAUGAAAUCUUAAAAAAUAAAGUGGGGGGCUCCUGGGUGGCAUGGUUGGUUGUGUCAGGCUCCUUAUUCAGCAAGGAGUCUGCUUCUCUCUGUCUUGUCCCUCCCCCCUGGGACUCUAUUUCUCAAAUAAAAUCUUCAAAAAGGAAUAA